AAUCACACGGGGCAAUACUCAAGACUCUCUGAAUCGCGGGCAGAAAGACAAUCCACCAUGUCUCAUCACCUGGUGCGUACCUUGCGGCCUGCUCGCGUGGGCCGGCCGGCACGGCGGCUUCUCCGCAGCACCACCAGCAGACAGCCGUGGUUGUCAUCGCCACUCCCACUGUCCGUCUCGCUGGCUGCAAGGGCCCAUAACUUCAGCACAACCCCCCAGAACUCUCAAUCCACACCGUCACCACCACUAGCAGAUGUCAAGCAAACAACCUCUGCCGCAGACGCGGCAGCCCAGCUCCUAGCCGAGCUCGGCGGUAAGACCAUCACGCGCAAGCAGUACCUCGACGGCAACCAGGUCCAGCGCCUCAGCCUGACCCUCGGCCGCAGGACCCUCUGGCCCGAGCACCACGACGAGAACCCAUACCCGGACGACAUGACGGACCUCGACGCCACCCCGGGUCCCGGGAUCGCCAUCCCGCAGGGCUACCACCUCGCGUACUUCACCCCCGACGGGCUCGAGGACGAGCUGGGCCCCGACGGGACGGACCGCACCUUUAACGCCCCCGCGCCCUUUACUAGGCGGAUGUGGGCGGGCGGGAAGAUGACGUGGCAUGACGAGAAUGGGAUUGUGAGCUAUCCCGGACCGAUGAUGUUGAGGGUGGGCGAGGUGGCGGAGGAGCGGACGAGGCUUGUGGAUGCGGUGGCCAAGAAGAGCCGCGACGGGAGCGAGAUGGUGCUCGUGGAUGUCGAGAAGGAGUUUUGGGGCAAGAAAGGGCUGGUGCUGGUGGAUCGGCGAUCCUGGAUCUUCCGCCCCGAGCUGGAGGCAGCGAGCUCGACACAAGAGACAGUCACCGAGACACACGUCGUCCGAGGGCCGUCGACGACACGGGAUGUUGAUGUUGACGGAGAAGACCUCCCACGACGGUACCACCGGUGGUCCCCCACAGCGCUGUUCCGCUUCUCAGCCCUGACCUUCAACGGGCACAAGAUCCACUACGACCAGUCCUGGUCCAAGGCCAUCGAGAACCACGCGCCAGGCGUGGUCGUCCACGGCCCGCUGAACCUGAUCUGCAUGCUCAACUACUUCCAGGACAUAAUCGCCUCGCACAGCAAGGGCGUCCAGGAUUUCUCGCCCUCGACCUUCUCGGGAUCCAGAUAUGGAUAUGAGCGGGCCACGAGGGUCAGGGAGAUCGAGUACCGCGCGCUGAGCCCGCUCUAUGCCGGACAGGAGUACUCGAUUCGCGCUGCGAAGCGGGAAGUCAAAGAAGAGGAGGAGGAGGCGAAGGAAGAGUGCGACCCUGACGACGAGGAUUUUGGGCCUGGGCAGGUGUGGGAUGUAUUUAUCGAGAGGGAAGGGACGUUGUGUAUGAGGGGCACGAUUACCACUGCUGGGCCUUGAAACCUGAACGCGACAAGGCAGUCUCCCGCCUUGCGAGGGAAGAAC